UCCAAUAUUGUUGUGUAAAAUAAAGCCAAACCGGAGCAACGCUCGAACGGCUGAAGCGUCUACACAAUGUGGGCGGCUCUACGAUCCAACUCUUCCCGUUUCUCACCGUAUUCUUCACUUCUUGAACAAUGGAAGCUAGGGUUUCCGAGUUUCAACCACAAGCUCUCUUCGUCGUCAGCCAUUUCCAACAGCACCGGACUUCUGGAGCUUCAAGAAGUGGAGAAGAUUCUGAACGACGUUAGGGCAGAUAAUGUCAAGGUCAUACCGGGAAAGAAGCACUGCGAUUGGGCCGAUUUCACGGUGAUCGCCACCGGAAGGUCCACCUGGCACGUGAGGAACAUUGCUCAAGCCCUAAUUUACAAGGUCAAGCAGAAGCAAAAAGGAACAAACCGGUUAGUGCUUCCCAGCGUUGAAGGGCAAGAGGGAGGAAAGUGGAUUGUCAUUGACUCUGGCAAAGUGGUAAUUCAUGCUCUUGAUGAGAAGGCAAGAGAGUACUACAAUUUGGAGGAUCUUUGGACCACAGACACGUCUGAAAAGGAGCCAACCCAGGAUUUGGAAAAGGCUAUGGUGAAGAUUCGUCGGAAGAAUAACUCCAAGAAACGAGCUCAGAAAGUGUAAUCACCAAAGUUUGCCAUUGACCUUGCUAUUAUAGAUUCUAAUUGAAAGAAUUCGAGCUUUUUUAUGUUUAAUCAAGAGUUUUCAUUAGGAAAUUUCUUGAUCAAGGUCUACUUUUCUGCUUUUCAAAUUUCAAUGAUUGAGCAUGCUUAAGCAUCAUGUAAACAGAAUCUUUUGUGAUAACUAUUAUAUGCUUUAACAUUCUAGGUUUUGUUUUGUUUUUUUUAUAUUUUAAAUGUGUUAAAGAGUAGGUGUUAUGGACGGGACAAAGUCGGUCAAAAGUCUUAGCUGAAUCAAAAUUGUGAUGAGAAAGUUUUGGAUAUGGUUCUAAAGAAACAUGUAUAUUUUCGGUAAGCUCACUCACUCUCAUUGAAGUAGAAGCCUCGCAAUGGCAACUGUUUAUGUAACAAAAAAAGUUAAUAAGAGUAACGGGUGACAUUCAGAUAAUU